AUGGCUGAUGCUUGGGGCUCCGGCUUGCGCAAAGGCUUCCUAACCAAGACUGCCAAGUCUAAGACCGCAGAGAGCAAGGCCAGCAAGGAAGCCACCCGUGAGCGUGCAGACUCUUCGUCGUUCAAGAUCACUUCGUCCAACACAGGGGUUACCGUGCUCAGUUUCGAUGAGGACUUCACGCUUCGCUCAGCCAACACUUUCGAUGAGGACUUCACGCUUCCCUCUGCCAGCACAGACGCCGAGAAUGGGGCAAAGACAACGACGGAAGACUUUGAGAACGACUUUCAGCGUGUCGAUAUCUCUUCGUCAUCCGGGCUUGCCGUGCAGCGCUUCGAGCAGGACACCGACCUCAUCAUACGCGGCGGAGAAAUUUUCAUGAGACCGUCUGUGAUUUCUGAUAGAGAUGUGGACUUGUUGGAUGUGGGGGACGACAUGGACGACACCGCUGUCACCAAGGCGAGGAAUCCGCAUUUGGCAAAGGAGCUGCUAAAGAUCGAACGUACAGUCAACACUGUGCAGUUGAGGUUGCUUACGGAGUUUUUGCAGUGGGCGAAAGCAACGAAGCCAGACAUAGCGACCGUCUCGUUGAUGUGGGACGAAACAUCGCAAACCCUUGCUCUUCCUGCAGUCCAUGGCAGUGGAGCCCACCAGCAACGCUCCAGCUGGCAGGUCCUCGUCGCGCGACUUCACUUUUGCAUCGGCUUCGUAGGUGGCCCAGGCAAGAGUAACUUGAAGCUGUACCGCGAGUGUGUGUUGGCGCCGGUGCCUCUACCCACAAACUCUUCAUCUGCAAUCAGCAGCGGGUUGCGUAAUCACCCCAUGAACAAAGAGAUCCUGCGCAUCGUUCAAGAACUGUUGGAUUGCAGCAGGCUGCGUUUCGUUUUGCACGAAGCCGAUGCCCACUUGGCGAACGAGAAACUGCACUUCCACCACUACAAUCUUGAGAAGCAGCGUGCAGCCGGCCAGAGCCCGAUCUUCACUGAAUGGGUCAAAUGCGGCAAUCACCAAGUCCAUUUGGUGAUGUGUGAUGCAGUGGAGCAGUGUCCGAAGGCCGCUGAUAGUGGAGGCCGUUUGCUCCAAAACCUGUUUUGCGCCAGCCUUUGGCUGAGGAUGGGAGGCCAUUUCCUGAGAUUGCUGGCAUCGUUGGCACAUCUUGUGCAGGACGAGAAGUUCCUGAGAUGGGUGCCCAACCCCACGCCCCAAGAUCGUUCCUGGGGUCGUUCGUUCCGGCAAGAGUUAUGCUCGUAUUUGCAAGAUAAUCUUCGCCAUCAUGAGCGGCAGAUGGCCGCAGACCCUGCCCAAGGCGUCAGGUCGAGCAAGGGGCUGCAGCGACUGGCCGCCGACAUUGAACAUUGUUUCGGCGGGGUGCUGAACGGUGCCGAUGCUUCUUUCACACGUGGUCUCUUUGUCCACAUCUGCAACAACGGUUGCUGUUCCAGCAGACGUGAAGCGGAACAGAAAGUCACCUGGGCGAUCAUGAAAGUCUUGUUUCGUCUCAUCCCUACAGUACCGUUAAUGAGCGACUGGUCCAAGCUCGGUCCGUGCUUAGACUUUUUCUUGGCAAGCGACUACAACGGUCUGCUGGAGCGGCUGCUGGAUGCAGCUCAAUGGGCACAGCAAGCAAACCAGUGCGAGCCUCCUCCUGAUCGGGAUCCUGACGUGGAUGACAAGGUGAACUGGCAAGCUCUUGCAGGCCGACGCUUCAACCGUUUCAGGCAAAUGAUGUCAUCGCCGCAAGAACGAUUCGAGCGUGUACUUCUGGCUAUCACCACUGAGCCUUUGCGACAGAUACACGAUACGUACCUGAAAUUUGCACACACCGCCUGUGACUCACAAACAUGGCCGAAACUGCUGUCGGAGGUUUGGCCGCGGACUUCGAAGAACCAUGCCGUGAUGCAAUAUUAUGCCACAUGCCUGCAAGGCAAAACUUCUCGACUUGCCCUGCUGGUGAACCUUUCCGGGGAUCAUGACAUGCUGGCCUGGAUGCGUGAGAGGCAGCACGAGGCUCUUUCUGCGCGCGCCAAGAUUCUGAUGAUUUCAACGGAGUUACAGCAACGCUUUGCUUCCAAUUUGGACCGGCAGCCGUGGCAAUUGUUUGGCCUGGCAGACUGCAGGGAACUGAAAGAGAUGCUCUCGGAGCCAGAGUUUGUGGGCGACCUAUUGUCCUGGAGAUGGAUGUUCUUGCUUUCCUCCCUCAUCAUGAAGCUCUCGAUCGCAUCUGUGGAGCAGAGGCAUGCCCGACACAAGCUGUCUGCGAAUCCUUCCACGCCCUUUCAUACUUUCGCAGCAACUUCCAUUCUGCAGGAGGCACGCCAUCAGGCCAGUGCAGUUGAACGUCUGGAAGAGGAGCGCAAACGACGGGCCGUCGGCUUGGAUGUGCCUGCGCAGCCAUUGCUCGACCAGGUUGCGCACGGGGUGCAAGAUCGGCAGGAUGUGCAUCUCGCGGACGGGAGAGGCGCACGGAAGCGUGCCAGGAGUCUUCCGGUUGGGGGUGGCGCGGAGGGCAAGACGUCACGCCCCAAGGCCAUGGGCGCCUUUGAGCUCUUUCGUCAUGAUUGGAUCCAGGGCCAGCGAGCCUCGGGGAAGGCUUUUAAUCCGGUGUCGAAAGAAUCAUGGAAUGCCUGCAAGGCAGCUUUCAAUGCUUUGCCGCCGGCGCGACGUGAAGAGUUCGAGAAUCGGAGGUUAGCUUCCCAAUUGAGAGCUGAUUUCGAGCGUCUGCAACGCAAUGCGUCGCAGGCACCAGCGGGCCCAGACUUGGAAAUGGUUGCCCAGGCCCCGCCCGAACAGGAAGAUCCGUCUCGUGAGGAUAGAUGGAGAGCGAUGAUGCAGGGUCUUGGUCCGGCCGACGGUUCUCCGGAUGCUUCCAAACCACCAUUUCCAGACCAUGUGACUUGUCAGAGCUUGAGAGCUCCGCUGGUGGACCAAGCUUCAGGUCAGGGCAUCAACGUCCCCUCCCGACUUGCAGAAAUGGAGUCUUUCCCUUUGGAGGCAGGAGCCCUGCGAGAACGGUGGUUCUGCGCAAAAGUGCAUCUGGAAAAGGAGAUUCAGGAAUUUCGCCGUCGAGCCACCCGCUUCGUGUCAGGAUGUGAUAUGCCUGACAGGGUCGAGUACCCUGCUUGCUGUGGGGCACUUUGCCGGACCCAAAACACGAGACGAUCUAUCUUGUUUCAUAGCCGACUUCUGGAUUUGCUGAAGACGGUUGUGCAGACUGGCUGUGCGAAACCCAAAGGAUGGGCAAAGCUAGUUCCUGCAGCAAACAUUUGUCUCGCUGCAGAGUGCUAUGUCGAUGGGGCCCCGACCAUGGCGGACCGUCCUGCUCGACCCUCGAGUGUGAUGUUCUUCGCGGCAUCAGCGUCUUCUGCCCUCGGUGUCGUCUUGCAGUGCUGCUAUGAGCAGUACGAGGCCCCCUGCAGGCUGAGAUGGCUGUCGGAAGAUGCAUUGGCUGCUCGGUUGUGCUUCGUCGACGCAAAACCUGUGGCACACGUUCGUGUGCGUCUGUUGAAGUGGACUCUCGACGAUGCGGCUCCACGCCUUGACCGGCAUCGAAUCGUCGAGCUGGGGGAAGUCUUUGAUGCCACAAGUCAACGCGAACCUCAAGAGCCGCGACAGCCCGCGCCGGCACGCCCAGAUCAAGACGGUUCCAACGACUUUGAUUUGUUGGAUGAUUUGACCCAUGAUCGUAAACCGAAGGUUUCCAGGCGCAGACUUAUUGCAAUUGAAGAUCAGCCCAAGGGUGUCGACUCUGAUAAGGAGUCGGAAACUGGUGAAGUUAAAGAUGCAGAUGCCGAAUCUCUUUUGGAGGAGCUCGAAAACAUGGGAGAUGAAGAGGCCUGGCUUGAAGAUGGUGCCGCGGCAGAGGUCGGCGAGGCCGACGUGCCACAUGAGCAGCCCGGCGCUGACACCGGGAAUGAUUUCAGAGCGGAGGAUGCAUCUGUUGUCGGGGUUGCCGAUGGGCCAGUGCCACCCGAGCCCUUUGCCGGAGGCGCAGAUUCAUGUGACAUAGAGGAUGUUGGCGGCUGGCACUUCAGGCGAAAGUCCGACAAUACUGACGUGGGCAGACUACACCAGAUUGGUGUCGACACUCUGAAGGCGACCUGCAAGCUGCACCGGAGUUGUGUUUGCGUGAUUUCAUCUCCGCCUCUGGGAUCAGAGAGACUACGCACGGUUUCUGCGCGGUUGCAGCGUGCACCAACGCUGCAUGAUACCGAAGCGGACCUGGUGAAGUGGUUGGAUGCCGGUUUGACGGCCACGGCGACUCAAUACCAAGAAGCAAGCCUGGACUUGAGGUCCGGAAGUUGGGCAGUUCGAGUUCGAAGGCCGAAAGCAGGAGCACGAGCAUGA